AACCUUAUUUAUUUAUUUGAAUGCCUGCAGAAAUUUUCAACCGAGGAAGAUGCUGAGAAACGCAUCAUGUUGUCUAAUGGCAUUUGUCACAAAUGUUUGGUUUGUAAUAAGGCUAAUGAUUUGAGUGUUAUUCGGUUGCACAUGAGCCGGUUCCAGGGAGGAGCUAAUUGUAUCUAUUAGUGCCAUGACUGUCAUAUUGAGCUGCUGAGAAUUGAGAAUAUGAUGACGCAUGUAUGUGAAUGUCACAAAGGUCACUCAUACUAUUUUGAGCAGGAAACGUGGGAGGAUGAACCUUCCGCAUCAACACAAAGACCUAGUCCAUCCAAUCUGGUUGCUUUGGAACCUUCUCCUACAAACACAGCAACUACUGCUGGACACUGGCAAUGCCACAUUUGCGAAGAGAUGUUUGAUUCUGAAGAUAGUGUUAGGCAACACUGUAAUAAUAUAAGUAAACAUCAGUUUCACAAAUUCUCAUGUGACAUUUGUUAGAGCCGAUUUGACAAAAUAGAAACACUUUUCCAACAUAGUCAGGAUCAGCAUGACGUGGAGAUAAAUAUGAAAUACAUUUGUGGGCUUUGUGAUCUUUAGUUUGAAGAUGAAAAGGACUUCCGUGGGCACUAUAAUGGUUUGCAUAGUAAAGAAUAUGGAUUUAUGCCAGAACAAAUGCAGUCUCUUAUAAAGAAUGAGGAACAGCCGCUUUCCAUUGCUAAGCCAAAUGAGAACUGCCUAACCCGUGGUUGUUUAGAAAAUUUUUCAAGCAAAGCAAAGAGGGAGGAAGAACGUCAUCUCUGCUUGGCACGACUGCUACAAAAAGGAAGUCUUUGGUACAGCUACAAAAACUGUUCAGCUACUGGCCAAACAUACGAAACCUUAAAGAUCCAUGGUUGCGCUAAAAGCCAGCAGUCACUUGUUCAUUUUAUUGUUGUAAAGUGCAGCUGCUGUUCAAAAUCAUUUCAAGAUACAGAAACUGCUCUGCAGCACUAUCAGGAUAAACACUGCUUCCUUCAAAAACCCAACAUUAAACAUUUUGCAUCCCCAGAUUUACAAAAGGAGGUUUUUGAAUUUAAGGCCAGUGGAGCAGGUGCUCAACAUACUUAAUCUGUAACCACCCUUGUACGCAGACGGCAUGGCAAGACUCAGUAUAGGUGUUCUACAAACAUUAUUAAAAUGGAAGAUUCGCAGUCUGUAGUCCAUGCUGCUGAAAUCAAAAAGCCAGAAGAAGACGCCAAAUCAGAGAAAAUGGGUAGGUAUUGUGUGAAUCUGCCUGUUUUC